AUGAGCGGCUUCUUCCUAGCCGUCGGCAUCGAGGCGUCAGACAUAGCCGUGGCACUCAUCGCCAUCCACACAGCCCUCUACAUUUUUAAGCCGCGGCAGCUCAACGGCCAGAGCGGGCUGUAUCCGUACCGCCGCACAGCCUACGCCGUCGUGUUCAUCCUGCCGGUCGUCCUGGCGUCCCUUGCCUUCAUCAACACGCCGGCGUACGUCAACAACGGGCAGUACUGCUACCUGCCAAUCCGGCCGCUCUGGGCGCGGCUCGCGCUGAGCUGGAUUCCGCGGUACAUCAUCCUGCUCAUCAUCUUCGUGUCGUACUUUUGCACGAGAGCAAGAUGCGACGGCACAGCAACGCGCCGCCCGCCGCCGCCCGUCAGCAGCGACCAGACGACGAGCAGCCCGAGCAAUGUGAGCAACAACCAGGCCGACACGCGCAACGGUUCUGUCCCGCCGACGCCGCCGAUCGCCUACCACGGACUCAUCCCGUCGACGUCCGACUCGCACCACUCGUGCUCCGAGGAGGAGCGGCAGCGCCACGGGUCCGUUUCGAGCGAGGCUCCCGGCGGCGAGCCGCUGCGGCGUCCUUUGGCCGGCCGGUUGCGUGUCGACUCGCAUCACACGGCGCACGGUAUCCGGUGGAAGUGGCCUCUGUUCGGGGGCGAGGCAGUCGCGUCGAUGGAGACACAGCAGCAGCAGCAGCAGCGGCAGCAGCGGCAGCAACAGCGACAUCUGCGGGAGGCAAUCCAACACCAAGAACAAUACACGACGCAACACGAUGCCUACGUCGAAGCCGUCCACUUCCCACAACAAGCGGACAAUCGAGUAUCCUACCAGGCCAUCGCAUCCCCUCCACCAGCCCGCACCUCCGACCCGACAACGGCGCGACACUCGCUGCCGCCAAGCCUCGGCAAAACAAGUGACCAGUCGCCCUCGUCGCUCUCCAGCCCCAGCGGGCGGCCAUACCGACACCCGCACACCGGGUCCUCCUCGACAGCUGUCUCUUCAACGCCCUCCCCGUCGCCCUUUCUCUUCGCCGUCGCCGCCUCGGCAGCCCCGCUCCGGCGCACCGGCGGCACCCGCACCGGCAUCGGCGCCACAGCCAACGAUCCGUCGGGCAACAUGGCGCGCGCGCGGCUCAAGAUCCGGCGCAGCUGCGCCUACUAUUCGUCUACCCACUCGUCUAUAUGCUCGUGUGGCGGUGCCGUUCGCGCAGCACGUGCUGCGGUGGAACGAGCCGCUGCGCGCGGGGCCCUUUGGGCUCGUGCUCGCGAGCCUCGUGAGCCUGUGCAUGCAGGGAGCCGCCGACGCCGUGCUGUUCGCGCUGCGGGAGAAGCCAUGGCGGCACGGGCACGGGACGGCGAGGCAGGGGGCGGGAAGGGCGCAGACUGUUGCUGUCACGGCGACUGUGACAAGGGGCGAGGGGCGCGGCGUUGA